GCCAAGGAGAGCGUGGCGGUGGCCAAGGGGGUGCCCUCCUGCCCCAACGUGCUGCAGGCCGAAGCUCUGCUCGAGUCGCCCGGCAUGCUGUACGUCGUCUACCCGUACGUGCAGUUCUGUCUGCACGACAUCGUGACUUUCAGCCCGGCCAAGCUCACCAACAGCCACGCCAAAAUCCUCUUCCUCCUCUUCCACGUGCUGCAGGCCAUGAGGGCUUGUCACCAGGCGGGCCUGGCUUGCGGCGCCUUUUCCCUUCGGGAUGUGGCGGUGGAUGAGAAGCUGUGCAGCCGGCUCCGCGUGAGCCUUGGAGAGUACGAGGGACCUGAGGAGGAGGAAGUGAAUCUGGAGGCCGGUUUGGAACGAACGAGCGAGCAAAGCAGCACCGGUACCAGAGGGCAGGAGAGGAGGUGCAGCGCCUGCCAGAAGGACCUCCGAGACCUGGUGUUACGGUGGGUGCACGGGCAGGUCAGCAACUUUGACUACUUGAUGCGUCUAAACAGUUUGGCUGGGAGGAGAAUGGGAGACCCCAAUUAUCACCCGGUUCUUCCGUGGGUGGUGGACUUCACUACCAAAAACGGCAAGUUCAGGGACCUGAGGAAAUCCAAAUUCCGUCUCAACAAAGGAGACAAGCAGCUGGACUUCACCUACGAGAUGACCAAGCAGGCGUUUGUUGCCGGUGGGUCCAGCGGGGAGCAGCUCCACGUCCCCCAUCACAUCUCCGAUGUCCUUUCGGAUAUCACCUACUACGUGUACACGGCUCGGAGGACACCCAGGGCAGUGCUGUGCUGCCAUGUGAGGUCCCAGUGGGAGCCCAACGAGUAUCCAGCCAGCAUGGAGCGCAUGCAGAGCUGGACCCCGGAUGAGUGCAUCCCCGAAUUUUAUACAGACCCUUCCAUCUUCCGGUCCAUCCAUCCGGACAUGCCCAACCUGGAUGUGCCAUCUUGGUGUAGCUCCUAUGAGGAGUUCAUCGAAGUCCACCGCAUGCUGCUUGAGAGCCGGGAAGUUUCUCAGGACCUCCACCACUGGAUUGACCUCACUUUUGGGUACAAGCUGCUGGGGAAGGAUGCCGUCAAGGAGAAGAACGUCUGCCUGCAUCUCGUAGACAACCACACGCAUCUGACGACCUACGGGGUGGUGCAGCUCUUCGACCAGCCGCACCCCAGGCGCGUGGGGGGACCUGCCUACACGCCUGCUGAAGCUCCAGCCAUCGCCCGGCCUCUCCUCCAGAACAUCCGAGAGGCCGCGUUGGUGGAGGACAUCCAGGGCCAGGUGAUGGAUGCCGUUAACGGGCUGGUCCUGGAGGCUACCCCCAGUGAAACCACCUGGUCUGAGGAGAAACCCCUCGCUGGGGAGGAUGAUUUAGAGCAAGGCACGGAGGCCCUGGAUUCGAUUUCUGCUACUGGCAGAGCUGCUGAGCAGCCCUGUGCCGCUGUGCCUCCAGCGCAGCCCUCAGCCCUCCCCGCUUACACCACCGAAGGCAAAACCUCAGGAGUCCGACCUCUCCGUCGCAGCAAGGCAGGCGCUGCGGAUCAGGCCGAUGUGAAGGUCACGCUUCCCGAAGGCUUCAAUCCGCUCCAGGCCCUGGAAGAACUGGAGAAAUUGGACAAUUUCUUGGUGAAAGGCUUAAGCGGUGAGAUGCAGCUGAUGGAGCAGCGGUGGAAAGAGCCACCCCUGGGUGUCUCGGACCUCUUCCAGAGGGACAUGCAAGCUUUGGGCAUUCUGGUAGCCGAGAUUAUCUUUGCAUCAAGGAUUCGUCCUUCGAAGCCUGACGCGUCCCUGUUGGAGCGGUUCCUGAUGGUGCGUAAUCUGUGUCGCUACCAUCCCAAGGAGAUCCCGGCCCCGCUGCAGCACGUGCUGCACGUCCUGCUGCAGCUCAGCGUGCCAGUGGAGAAGCUCCUGAAGACCAGGCCGGGCAAGGGCGCGCCGCAGUUGUUUGAAUACGAACCCAUCUCCCAGGGCCUCCCCCCGCCCUGUCCCACGCAGCUCCUCAGUCCCUUCAGCUCCAUCGUCCCCUUCCCCACCUACUUCCCAGCCCUGCACAAGUUCAUUUUCACCUAUCAGGCAGAGAAGAUAGAGGAUGAAGGUCAGGGCCGGGAACUUGUUUUCCAGCUGUGGCAGCAGCUGGAGGGGAUCCUUUCCGAAAUCACUCCCGAAGGCUUGGAGAUUCUUCUGCCCUUCAUAUUAUCCCUGAUGUCCGAGGAGAACACCGCUGUCUACGCAGCGUGGUAUCUCUUUGAGCCCAUAGCUAAAUCCCUCGGUCCGAAGAACGCCAAUAAAUACUUGCUGAAGCCAUUGAUCGGGGCGUACGAGACCCCCUGCUACCGCCACGGCAGGUUCUACCUCUACACGGACUGCUUUGUGGCGCAGCUGAUCGUGCGCCUGGGGCUGCAGCCCUUCCUCCUCAACCUGCUGCCGCACAUCCUGCAGAUCCUCGUUGGCGUCGAGAGCUCGCGGGAGGAGAGCAAAUCCCUCCUGGGCACGGCCGAGGAUGACGAAAGCGGAGGGGAAAGCCCGGUGUCGUGCGUGUUUGGGGAGGAGAUGAAAAUGGACGUGGAGCACGGUUCUGCUGCGCUCGACCUCCUCGACUACACCUCUGGUGUCAGCUUCCACGACCAGGCCUACCUGCCUGAGAGUGAGGACUUCCAGAGCGGCCUCUACGUCGGGGAGUCGCUGCAGCCUCAGGAGCAGGAGUCACUCAGCCUCGGGCGGCUCAGCGACAAGAGCAGCGCCAGCGAAGUGUCCCUGGGAGAGGACAGACCUGCGGACGGGGACUCUCAGAAGGACAAGAGCAGCUUGAAGUCGAUGGACAGCAGCCAGGACCUGAAACAGAGCGAGGACUCGGAGGAGGAGGACGAGGAGCGCGACGAAGAGGAGCGCGAUGACGCCGCUCUUGAUGCAGAGCUGACGGUGGCCGUGGAUGCCGGUGCCUCCGUGGAUGUCACCUUGGUUGAUGACAGCAGCGAGCCAGAGGACGGGGAGGGAGAGGAGCUGCCGGAUCACUCUGAUGACAAAGAGCAGACCAUACUCCUGG